AUGGAUUUUCUUCCUGUACUCGUCGAAAAGUACAAUCUCGAUCUCCAGCCGUCGCAUUCUGAACGUAUCGAUGUUCAAUCAGCCGAUACACUCCUGUAUCCUGGCGCCCACAUUGCCGCCUCCAUUCGACACGAACACUUUCACCAUGGUAUCGUCAUCGAUCCAGCCGCACCCGACAUUUCAAUUAUGCAUUUAUGGGGUAGAAAUAAAAACGUGGGACGUGUUCAAAUGACCACCAUGCCAAUAUUCCUCGCAGGUAACGUCGAUAAUCUGGGCAAGAAAACGCGCGAACUCUAUUUGGUCAACUACGACGGUGAUACAUACGAAAAACAAAAAGAAACUGUCAAAGUGGCAAAAGAAUUGCUCGAGAAAGCCGAUGAUAUAGUGUAUGAUUUAGCUACUUUAAAUUGUGAGAGUUUUGCCUGCUUUUGCCGUACAGGCAGAUGGGAUAGUGAACAGGUGACGAAGAUCAAACAUCUAUUAAAAGACAAACUUCAAGAAAUCUUUCAGGAAGUGGAAGAUGCUAAUAUCAAGGAUGGACAGGGCAUUAUUUCGUUGAUUAAUGCGAUUCUCACUGAUGUUCUAUCACCAACAGACAAGGAGGUGCUUGUUCAAUUGCUGGAAAAGUAUUCUUCGUCACUAUAA